AUAGCAAUAGCAGCAGCACUAGGAACCGUAAUCGCAACGCGGCAGGUUGACAUUGCGCUUGUCCCGCGGAGCAGCGACCGUAGCCGUAGUAAACAGUAGUAGUCAUCAUCCGAUCGGAGUGAUACGAGCGCCAGUCUUUCGACACGAUGCAGUUUGUGGCCAGUGAACACCCGCACCGACGUCUGAAUCCGUUGAACGGACAAUGGGUCCUGGUGUGCCCACAUCGCACCCAACGCCCUUGGUCGGGUCAGCAGGAGAAGGCUCAGAAGAACGAGCUGCCCGAAUUCGAUCCCACCAAUCCCCUGUGCCCCGGCGUAACCCGACCCAAUGGAAUUCAAACUCCUGAAUACGAGAGCACCUACGUGUUUGAGAACGACUUCCCGGCGCUGGUGGAGGUAGUUCCCGUUCCGCCCAACAGUGAUGACCCCCUGUUUCAGAUAGCUCCCGCCCGUGGCAACUGCCGGGUGAUGUGCUUCCAUCCCAAAUCGAAUCUGACUUUGCCCACGAUGAGUGCAACAGAAAUCGCCGUUGUUAUCGACGAGUGGAUCAGCCAGUUCAACGAGCUGAGCGCCAAGUACGCCUGGGUGCAGAUAUUCGAAAACAAGGGAGCCACCAUGGGGUGCUCCAAUCCCCAUCCGCACUGCCAGAUCUGGUCGUGCUCGUUUCUGCCAACGGAACCGCAACUGAAGCAGGAGCGACUGCGCGCCUAUUACGCCACCAACGAGCGACCCAUGCUGGCCGACUAUGUGGAGCGGGAGCUGCAGCGCCAGGAGCGGAUUGUCAUUGAGAAUCGCGACUGGGUGGUGGUGGUGCCUUUCUGGGCCACUUGGCCCUUCGAAACCAUGCUGAUCUCGCGCAACAACAACAAGCGCAUAAACGAUCUUACCACAGAACAGCGAUACAACUUGGCGCUGACCAUGAAGGAGCUGACCACCAAGUAUGACAAUCUGUUCCAGUGUUCAUUCCCCUACUCGAUGGGCUGGCACGGAGCACCGACUGGACCGGAGCAUGCGCACGCAUCCAGUGCUCAUUGGACCCUGCACGCCAUCUACUAUCCGCCGCUGCUACGUUCUGCCUCCGUGCGCAAGUUCAUGGUGGGAUUCGAACUGCUGGCCAUGGCCCAGCGCGAUCUGACGCCCGAGCAGGCGGCCCAAAGGUUGCGGGAGGUCGAUGGAAAGUGUCAUUAUCUGCAGAAGUGAUUUUGCUCGUUCCAGCUAAAGCGGAUGGUGACAAUUGGUAUACAAUUCAAUAAAAGGAAAUAGUCUAAUGCGACUGUAGUAAUUACAUUGCAA